AUGUGGGCGGUGGCACAAGUCGAGGAAGACUUUGAGACAGCCUACUUUGUGGAUUCAGUGGGAGAUAUGCCGACAACGUUUAAGUCGGCGAUGGAAUCCAACAACGCGGUCAAGUGGAAGGAAGCGUGCGACUCCGAAAUCGACUCCCUCCGCAAGAACAAGACAUGGCAGUUGGUGCAAUUACCUAAGGGUCGGAAAACUAUCGGAUGCAGAUGGGUGUUCCGCGUCAAAGAGAAUCAAGAUGGUGGGAUCGAGCGUUUUAAAGCGCGCCUUGUUGCAAAGGGGUUCUCGCAGAAGAUUGGCAUCGACUACGGGGAAACAUUUGCUCCGGUUGCCAAAUUCACUUCGAUUAGAGUCAUCCUCAGUCUGGCAGCCAAGUACCAUCUUGAUGUGCACCAGAUGGAUGUCAAGACCGCGUUUCUGAACGGCGAGCUGUAUGAAGACAUCUACAUGGCGCAACCGGACGGCUACAUCGACGAAGAUCACGAGCAUUUCGUUUGCAAACUGCAGCGGUCACUGUACGGACUAAAACAAUCACCGCGGAUGUGGAACGAGACCAUCGACGAGUUCAUGAUCAAGAUCGGAUUCAAGAAAUGCGAGUCCGAUCACUGCAUUUACAUUAAGCGAGAUGAGCAGCGCAUGAUCUUAGUGGCACUCUACGUCGAUGAUUUAAUCAUCGCCAGCAGCAGCAACAAAAGCCUUCGUGAAGCCAAAAGCGAACUAAGUGAGAGGUUCGAGAUGACAGACAUGGGGAAGCUCAAGUUCUUUCUUGUAAUUGAGAUUGAGCGGGACGAAUCAGGAGGGACACUGUCAUUGCGGCAGAGCAAGUUCGCGAAAGACAUUUUAGAGAAAUUCGGCAUGCUGAAUAGCAAUUCAGUCAGGUCGCCACACGACCCAGGCCUGAAGUUGACCAAUGCCAUGUGCGAAGGAGGUUGCAAGCAUGAAGAAAGGAUGGCAAAUUUUCCCUACCGGAACGCCGUAGGAUGCCUCAUGUACCUUAUGGUGAGCACCCGUCCCGACCUUGCAGCUGCAGUGGGAGUGCUCAGCCAAUUUGCAUCCGAUCCGUGUCCCACACUCUGGCAAGCACUUAAGAGGGUUUUUCGGUAUGUAAAUGGUACCAGGACACACAGAAUUGAGUUUCAAGCAAGUAAAGACGACAGACUUCAAGGCUACUCGGAUGCAGACUGGGCCGGCGACAUAGAGUCAAGGCGCAGUACAAGUGGCUACGCCUUCAUGAUGAACAACAGGUGCAUCAGCUGGAGGAGCAAGAAGCAACGAACGGUGGCACUAUCACCAACGGAAGCAGAGUACAUGGCGCUAUCGGAGGCUACACAAGAAGCAGUUCGGUUGAGGGUGUUCCUGUGCGAACUUGGUGAGAUGACAAGUAACCAAGCUGUCAAGAUCUUCGAGGACAACCAAGGAGCGAUUGCAUUGGCCAAGAACCCAGAAUUUCACAAAAGCACCAAGCACAUCGACAUUCGCUACCAUUUUGUUCGUGAAAAGGUUGCUGAAGGACAAGUAGUGCUAGAAUACUGCCCAACCAAGGACAUGAAGGCCGAUAUAAUGACCAAGCCGAUCACCGUCGUACAGUUCCAGAAACUUCGUACCAUGUUGUGCAUCAAGGCGCCACGAUCUGCCGAGACGAGUGGGAGUGUUGUAAAAGAGACGUCUCGGCAUGAUGUGACAGAAAUGUGUUCUGUAGCUCAGCCGGUUUGGUAUGGCAGUACCAUCCCAAAGGUCACUGGUUCGACACCAGUGGGGGCGUACAAACUACAAGUUUAG